UGUCAGAAUACCGGGCCGGCUGCUCAGCUGUUCUCUGCGGCAGGAACUCACCUGUUCUUUGGUCCAGCGCUGUAGUCUUCCUGCGCCGGCUUCUUUCCACCCCGGCAUCUGUGACAGCUGGGUGCCCACUGCGCAUGCGUGAGAAGCACUGCACUCUGUCCACAGUGUCUGGUCAUCUCCUGUACUGUCCGCAGUCUCUGGUCAUCCCCUAUACUGUCCGCAGUCUCUGGUCAUCCCCUGUACUGUCCGCAGUCUCUGGUCCAUCUCCUGUACUGUGUCCGCAGUCUCUGGUCAUCUCCUGUAGUGUGUCCACAGUCUCUGGUCAUCUCCUGUACUGUGUCCGCAGUCUCUGGUCAUUCCCUGUACUGUCUGCAGUCUCUGGUCCUUCUCAUGUACUGUGUCCGCAGUCUCUGGUCAUUCCCUGUACUGUCCGCAGUCUUUAGUCCUUCUCCUGUACUGUGUCCGCAGUCUCUGGUCAUCUCCUGUACUGUCUGCAGUCUCUGGUCAUCUCCUGUACUGUGUCCGCAGUCUCUGGUCACUUCCUGUACUAUGUCUGCAGUCCAUUGGUUCAGAAUAUUUUUUUUCUUGUUUUUCUCCUCUAA